CGCACAGCGAGAGAUGAGCUUUCAAUUAUUAAAUUUGGCAGGGUUAAAUCUAUAGGUAACCUAGCUCUACAUUAAAAACAGUAUGUUUAUCCCCUAUUCUACCAUGACAAGGUCAAACGCAAAAUGUGUGGUGUUUCCGAGGAUUUUGAGUGAGUUUUCUAUCUGAAUUAGGGAAACGCCAAUACUAGCCGUAAAAACAAAGUAUAGCGCUGUAUAUGCUCAUUAUACCCUUCUCGCAUAUAUUAAUCAUUGAAAGUGUGGCAUGGCAACUUUGUAAGCCAAUGUAAAGUAGGCACUACUAAAGGUAAUAGAGCAAGCCAUGUAAGGUUUAUUUCUACACCGCCUGUCACUAUUAUGUCGCGCCACUUAUUGAGAAGCAAAAUAUAUGAUGUCACACUCCACUGCAGAAACACACUAUAUUUCAAGGUGUCUCUGAUCACUCAAUCUUGAAAAACACUCUUUGUCGAUGUAUAUCAUGUUUUUUGCAUAAAAUGCAUUGCUUUUAAUAAUGUAAUGGCAAAUCAGCAUUUGAUGACCUAUAAUUGUACACCAAACUAUUUUCAAAUGCAUUCCGACAAUGACAGAAAGAAGUACUUACCAAUAAACAUUAGCCUCCGUGGUGAUGCGGAGGUCAAACCAUCUUGUUUUAAUCUGAGGAUGUUAUUGUGAUUUGAUACCUUUAAUUGACCAAUCAGUAUUGAGUAAUUGGAAUGGUAGUUAAUAUCUGUAACAACAGAACCAUUAGUGCCCCACGAAGCUCAAGCAUCACUUUCUAUGCAUCCCAUGUGAAAACUUCCAUUAAUACCCAUUACCAGCUGGGAUUAUGUAAUAGCAGUAUUUCAUAUUUUAUUCAUCUGAUCAUAGCUUUGUGAACUGCCUUGGCCAUAACCAAUCUACACUGUGAUGUGCUCAGAGUGAGUGUGACUGCAGAGCAACAUUUUCUCCCAGCAAGGAUCAACCACGAAUCGGAUACCUUGAUUCACAGCAUUACAAGUGUAUAUUCAAAAUCUCUGAAUAUUAUAAUUUUCUGAUUACGCUCAAAAGAAGAACCCAGAUACUUAUUUUGUCAUAUUUGAAAUUUGGACAAAUAGAACUUGUAUAAUGGAGGUUACUACUUUGACCAUGAACACAACUGUCUCAUCUCCAUGGUACAACACCCACCUUCAGAAGGCAACAUUUUCGGCAUACAUCAUUCUGUUGCUUAUUGGAACAGUUGGCAACAGCCUUGUUGUGAUCUGUGUCGCACUGAACAAGGUGUUGCACAAUCCCACGUUUGCAGCCAUUGCAAGUCUCGCUGUGGCCGACUUCCUGUUCCUCUGUUGGAGGAUCCCGAUGGAGAUUCUUCAUAUCCUCAACAAGAACUGGAUCUCCGGUACUACAGUGUGUAAAAUGUCCUUCCUUGUCUACCAGCUGACCAGCUAUUCCGCAGCGUACCACCUCGUUCUUCUGUCUGCAAUCCGGUUCUAUUCCCUAGUGUAUCCGUUCCAGGCUCUCCAGCACCUGACUGUACGCAGAUCCUGCAUCAUGUGUGGUGUCCUAUGGGUCGGUGUAUUCAUUUGCAUCUCCCCAGUGCUGUUUACAAGCGGUAUUGUGAAGCAAGAGUUCAAUGGGCGUGUUUAUGUGUAUUGCGCCGUGGAAACAACAGAACCACUGCGUGCAUCUCUCAUAUACUCCUGUCUGUAUGCUGUGUUUUCUUAUUUCAUACCUCUGCUUAUGAUAACCGUGCUUCAUGUGACAAAAGUAUACAGAGUCACAAGAAUGUCUCGUGAGAUGUCACGUUCCUACACACACCAGCUGUCGUCAAUGGUUGUUGUGGUUCUGCUGCUCUUUGGGGGUCUACUGCUGCCCGUACACCUGAAGAACAUCUUAAUUCUUGGAGGUGUUUCUGUGCUCCAGAGGAUGCCAGAACUGGAUCUUGUGUGUCGUUGUAUGGCCUAUGCAAACAGCUGUAUCAAUCCCUAUGUCUAUGCCUUCUUCUCAAAGCAAUUCAGGAGGAGCUUGACUAGAAUGCUGCCGUGUUGCAAGGCCGAGGAAGUGUCACCAAUGCAUGGAGGGAGAUCUGGUAACGUGCAAACUACGUCAACCAAUGUGCAAACUACGUCUGCCUGA